UUUAUGAAGAAUGUGAUGGCUAAUCUUGUUCUAUUUGUGGAGACAUUCAUCUUUUCCUUCCUGUUUGCUUGUGGAGAGUCUCCAGCUAAUACGUACCUCCAAGAAGUUUACGUCUCCACUUUUGGACGCGACUUUGUCAACUGUGGGUCCCAAGACGAACCAUGCCGAUCGAUGAAGUUGGCCGUUCUCAGGGUGACCUGGGACGGAAUGAUACUUUUAAAUGGGACUGGUACCAAAAAGUAUCCGUUCGAUUGUGGGGACAGUGACACCGCUUUCAACAUAAACAAAAGUGUAACAAUUGAAGGCACAUAUUUUAAGCCUCGUGUAUCCUGUUAUUGCGGCAUUAAUUUCCAGGUUUACCCUAGCAAAGGGCAGUCAUCGGGGAUAAAGCUAUCAGGAAUAAUCUUUGAUGGAACACCUUUGACAUUCAGUGACAGCUUGAACGUGAAUAUCAUUAACUGUUUGUUUGAAAACGCCCCGACUGCGCUGACGGUUCAAGUUCAGGACAAUAAGGCUUUUGAGUUGGAAAUUCAAUACUCGAAAUUCCUUUACAAUGAGGUAUUCUGUAUAAAGCUCUCGUUGUUAAGUACGGGUACCAAUGGCACUUCCCUAGUCUCCAUGAAAGUUACCGACACGCACUUCAUGGGAAAUGGAUUACAAAAAAGAACCCUGAGUGAAAGUGGAGUAAUCAAAGUAACGACCGAGGCGGAAGUAGAAGUUACAUCCGCCCGAAUCAUUGCCUCCUUUCAGAAUAUAACAUGUUCAAAGAAUUAUGGUUAUUUCAUGAAUUUAAAUGCUUCAUCAGCUGUGACGGAGGAAACUUACAAAGACGUUCGCUUGCUCGACAACACCCAAUCACUUUCGCAGAAAGUGGCCAGCAAAUUUGGGGCAGAUAGUCUUUAUUACUCAGUUACAAGAGAAACUCGCAUAAGGUUCAUUAACUUACAUUGCAUCCAAAACUUUAACUUCCGAUGUAUAGCAAUUCAGGCGAAGAAAGCUGACGUGGAAAUUCGUAACUCCAAACUCGUUGGGCAGUAUGGUAAACCUAGUCUGAAAAAAGGAGCCGGUUUGUUUCUGGUGGCAAACAUUACUGCACUUUUAAACGUGUCAAAUACCAAUUUCACCUCGAAUGGAGCCAUCUUGGGUGGUUGUGUGUUUGCUAAUGCUCCAAAUGGAACUUUCAUGGCAAAAUUCACCGACGUUGAAUUUAAACAUUGUGAAGCCUCAAAGACUGGUUGUGCACUUGCAGCAGGAGAGCCACCUUUACAACGACAACAUUAUGCAUCAUGUCCGUCCAAGAUGCAUUUGACGAUCAGUAAUGCAAAUAUUGUUGGUUGUCAUAGAAAGACAGUCCAAAAAUGCAUCAUUGUCUAUUUAUGUUUGAAAAGUGGUGUGAUUAAAAUAACGGAGUCCCAGUGGAGAAAUAACUUGCAAAAGAGUGGCAGCUCUUUGCACAUAGCAAGGGAAAUAGGACAUGGUAAAACGGCCAUAACUGUUUCGAGGUCUUCCUUUACGGAUAAUGAAGGAAGUUCGAUUUCAAUGGCAGCGCCGAAUUCAAUUGGGGGAAACGUCACCAUUGUGGACACGUUGAUUACGAACAAUGCGACGAAACCAGGAACAGCUUUGUCAAUAAGUCCCAAAUACCUACUUAAACUUGUGAAUGUAUCGGUGGUGCAUGCGCAUUAUGGACUGAAAAUGAUUAUAAGACCUGAUCCUAGACAAGAAUUGUUCCCAGUCGAUAUCUCAAUCUAUAAUUGUAGUUUUAAAAAUAACAUUUAUGAUAUGCUUUUUAGUCUUCGUGACCCAAGCUCGGUGCGUCUCAUGAUUCAAAAUACGGUCUUCACUAGCAAAGAAUCCUGGAACAGAAGCUAUGCCAUACGCUUUCACAUUCCACCUUUGGCAAAGCUGAAUAUUUCUAAGGCGGUUAUCGGCCUAGACAACAAUACUUUUGAUAACAGGCCAUCCACCAAUUUUGCUCUUUUCUUCCAUGGUAGUAAAACACUGUGGAUAAAACGGUCCACCUUUAGAAACUGUGUCUGUCUCUAUCGUGAAAAGUGGACAAUGCCGCCAAGUAGUGCUUCAGCUAACUACUAUUUCUAUGAGACAGCAACUGGCGCAUUAUCAAUCAUCACAACCCCUGAUACACCGCUAAAAUCCGGAUGUGUGCAACGGAAUACCACAAACGAUACUCACCCAUUGUGGACGUACGGCUGUGACGUGGUAAUUGAGAAUACCAUAUUUCAAGAUAAUACGGGUAUUAUAGCAGGUGCAGUGUCAAUCAACAACGGAAACACCACGUUUCAAAACUGUGUCUUCCGAGACAAUUUUGGUAUCGAACAAGCAGGUCAUGUUUAUUCUGCCUAUGGAACGGGUCAAGUGCUUUUCAAAGACUGCUUCUUUGUCAGAACAAAAGAAAGUUUGGAAUUGAGAAAUCGUACGUUUUCUAAAGCAAUACUCUUAUAUUCUGAAAGUGGCGGGCCAAUGAAAUUGGAAAACACAUCCAUGACUUCAUUUGUAUCUACAUGGAGUCCAUAUCCUGUGCUUUAUAUUUCUAGUGGAGGAUACUUUUCCAUGGACAACAAUACAAGCAUUCAGUGCAACAGAGGAAGCCAGCUUUGGCUUGAAAAUACUACUCAUUAUUCUUCAUCUGAAAACUUUAAGAAUUUUUGCAAACUCAAUGUUACCUGCCUAAAAUUUACGUGCUGGACUUGUGCUCCAGAUCAUUACAGCCUUGAGGGAGGACGUUCACGUGGUUUAGCUGUGGUCAAGAUGAAGUGCUUUAAAUGUCCAUUUGGGGCCACUUGUAAAACUGGAAUCAUAACUGCGGACGAUAAUUUCUGGGGAUAUCAGAGUACCGAAAGCCUGCGUGAGCUCCAGUUUAUUCCUUGUCCCAGCAGUUAUUGUCAAAGUCCAGCUACUGGUUCUACAGAAUACAACGAGUGUGUUGGAAACAGAACCAGUAUCUUAUGCGGUUCUUGCGCUCCAGGAUUUGGUGAGACUCUUCUUUCUACCGAUUGCCUGGCGAACGAAAAGUGCAGUAACAGCAUGUUCUGGUUCCUAAAAAUACUGGCAACAGCUAGCCUAGCUACAUACCUUUUAACCAAACCACCAAUUUUCAAUUUUCUCAAAAACCAAAUAUUCUGGUUUAGAAAACAAGAACAUGGGAUGGUAAGGGAAGACUUAGGUGACGUCGGUGAGCAGCUGGACAGCGGUUAUCUCAAAAUUAUCUUUUAUUUCUAUCAAGCUGCCGAGGUACUGACUGUUGGUUCCACCGACGGCUUGCUCCAUAAAAUAAGUUUCAUAUCUGUAAUCGUAGCAGGUUUCAAUUUCCGAUUUCGGAUAUUUAAAGAAAUAGCGGGAUGUCCUUUUGUUGGCCUUACAGCAGUGACUAAGGAGUUGAUGCAGUCUGGAACAGUUUUUGCCACCAUGACAGAAGUUUUCAUCAUAUAUUGGUUACACGUUAGUUUCAACAUUUUACGACGAAAGGCAGUCCCUUCUCCUCAACGAUACAUGGCGACAAUCAUAGAGAUACUGCUUCUUGGAUACGAACGGUUAGCAGAAACAUCUUUGAAGCUUUUGCGAUGCGUUCCUAUUGGUUCUGAAAAGCGUCUCUACCUCGAUGGAACUGUUACAUGCUGGCAAUGGUGGCAAUAUGCACUACUAGCAUACGUUAUAGUAUUCGUCAUGCCUUUCUUCUUCGUUCUUUACUUGGGUUCUUUUCAACUUCAUCGAGGAGUGGUUUCGACAGGUGAAUUCCUCGGAGCAUGCAUUAUGCCACUGCCGUUCCUGAUAUACUGGUUCAUAAGAAUCAAAAUGAGGGCGAACACCGAGGCAUCGCUAGUAAGAGGGAAGACUGUGAACGAACCUGUCUUGGAAGUACUACAAGGACCAUUCCGCCCACCAAACGACGAAGAUGAUGGAACUCUAUACUGGGAGAGUGUUUUGAUUGGCCGCCGUUUAAUACUCCUUGCUUGCCGUGCGUUUGUUGACGAUGAAAUGCUGUGUUUAGUACUCAUGGCUACACUUUGCGUUUUCAUCCUUCUCCACCAUCUGUUCAAGAACCCUUACCACAACACCGUCACCAACAACACCGAAACAGUAUCCCUCUUUGCAUUAGUUAUCAUUUCGCUAAUCAACAUUCCGAAGGCCACUCUUAUCUCGUUUAGCACAAGCCGCCAUGGACCGAGCAAACGGUACUUAAAAGCCAUGGAAUGGAUUGAGAUCUCUGUUCUUGUUUUCUUCCCAUUGUGGCUUUCCCUGUGUGUAGCUCUCGCCAUCAUCUCCCAACUCUGUCGUUUGAUUGCACCUACAGCAAUACGAUUAUAUCGUUACAUAAGACGUUCUCAUGCAAUGACCUGGAAUACGAUCGCAAUCAGAAGUCCACUUCUGGAUCCCGACAGUGAUUCGUAACUUCGUGUAAAGCUCUUCAUUUCACCAUAUGCUAGGUGCAGUGGAACGAAUGAAUUUAUCCAAACUGUGGGAGGAAAAUAAUGCUCGUGUCGUUUUAUUUUUACAACAUCACUCUUGAUAACUUUAAAACAGAUACAUGUUUCAUAAAUUUAUCCAUUUUUAAAAUUCUUUACUCUGUUUUUUUAUUUUUUGAAUCUACAAAAGCAUACAAGAAAAAAGAGGACGUUAUCCUCUCUUUAAUGAGAUGAGUUUAUAGUUGAGGCACUAGAAUAGCGAGACCCGAAUCAAGACAGUUUUAGACAAGAAAUCGGAACGAAGAUAGAAAAGUAAAAAUCGUUGAGUCUCGUAACGUAUUUUUUAUGAAUUCAACAAUGAAAUAUGUUUAUUUCAACCUGUCCUUCUUUUAAAGGACCGGUCACUGUUUGUCGUCUAGGGGUGGGGGGAGGAGGAAGAGGAAGGGUUCUAAGAGAAUUUUGUCUGGGACACAAAAGAAUUUAACUGAUCCCCUCAAAGGCUUUGUAAUAUUCUUAAUGACCUCCCUCCCCCUUCUUCUGUUAUAGACGACUGAUCCACCCUCCGUUCCCCCUUUAAAAUCAUGUGAUCCCCAAAAGGUCUGCUUCCCCACCCUCGCCCUUAGUGAUGGAUGAUGACUGAUACACUAGCCCGCGCAAAGGAAAGUAAG